GGGACAGUCACUGCUCGUAAAGACAGUCAUGGAGAACUGACACAGAAAGCCUGUUUGAGGAGCAUGUGAUUGUUCAGCGAGCAGAAAAGCUGCGAGUCGAGCAAAGGGAAGGAAAACUGUUUCCCGGAUGCGCUUUCUGACUGAUAUUUAUUUGAGAGCUUCAUACUUGAUUUCAAAACUUUCUGGUGCAGACAAUUUUCGGGAUUAGUAAUCCAUGGGAUAUUAAUCUUUUAAUCCAUCUCAGAAAUUUUGAAUUUGGACCCUCUGAGGAUUAAUUGGUCUAAAAGAGAAACUCAAAACUUUAAUGAAAAAAUGACAUCCGUGCAUUUCAACCCUGGGUUAGAUUCCAAAGAAGUUAAUGGUAAUGGGUUGAAAGAGGAGGCAGAGGUGCAGAUCGAUGAUGGAAGGGAAGACACUGAGGACCCAGACACCAUGUACCAUCGUGUCCGGAAAACUAUAGCUCCUUUUGUGAUGUCUUUUGGUUUUCGUGUUUUUGGCCUGGUACUGAUCAUUGUGGACAUCAUUCUGGUCAUCGUGGACUUUUCUCUUUCCAACGGUAGUCACGAUGUUAGAAGAGCAAUGGAGUCUGUUUCUCUUGUCAUCUCCUUCUUUUUCCUCAUUGAUGUGCUGCUCCGUGUAUACGUGGAAGGAUUCAAGGUGUAUUUCAGCUCAAAACUGAAUAUAAUGGAUGCUUGUAUUGUGGUUGUUACCCUGGUGGUCACCAUGAUCUACGCAUUCACCGAUCUCUCCGGAGCUAGCCUGAUUCCCAGGGUGGUCACUUUCCUGAGAUCUCUGAGGAUAUUGAUUCUGGUUCGUGUCUUCAGACUGGCCUCUCAGAAGAAAGAGCUUGAAAAGGUCACCAGGAGAAUGGUGUCAGAGAACAAAAGACGGUACCAAAAAGAUGGAUUUGAUCUGGACCUCACUUAUGUCACAGAUAGAGUCAUUGCCAUGUCUUUUCCAUCUUCUGGGAAGCAGGCGCUCUAUAGGAACCCAAUCAGAGAGGUCGCUAGAUUCCUGGACACCAAACAUCUGGAUCACUACAAGGUGUUUAACCUCUGUAGUGAGAAGGGUUAUGAUCCAAAGUUCUUUCACUAUAGAGUGGAGCGUGUUAUGAUAGAUGACCAUAACGUGCCAUCACUCGAAGAUAUGCUGCGGUACACGGCCUGUGUUAGGGACUGGAUGGCAGCAGACUCCAGCAAUGUGAUCGCCAUCCAUUGCAAAGGAGGAAAAGGGCGGACUGGGACUAUGGUGUGCACGUGGCUCAUCGACAGCGACCAGUUUGAGAGUGCACAGGAGAGUUUGGACUACUUUGGGGAGAGACGGACUGAUAAAAGUAUGAGUUCGAAGUUCCAGGGUGUUGAAACUCCCUCACAGAGCAGGUACGUCGGUUAUUAUGAGAUCAUGAAGAACCAAUACAACCGUCAGCUACCACCUCAGAAGAGCCUGAAAAUAAAGAGCAUUCGAAUCCACUCCAUCGCAGGUGUAGGGAAGGGGAAUGGGAGUGACCUGAAGGUGAAGAUCAUAGUGAAGCGAGAGCUCGUCUUCCAGUGUGUGUGUGCCAAACAGCAGAACUGUGCGGUGUUUCCUGACACUGGUAACAAUGCGGUGGUCAUCAGUUUACAGGAAGGGCCUGUUGUGACUGGAGAUGUGAAGGUCAUGUUUGAGUCCAGUGCUGGUUUGCCAAAGGGUUACGAGGACUGUCCUUUCUAUUUCUGGUUUAACACCUCUUUUGUUGAGAACAACAGUUUGUAUCUUUCGAGGGAGGAGCUGGACAAUCCACACAAAUCAAAGACCUGGGACAUCUAUAAGGAGGACUUCGGAGUGACGUUGUAUUUCACAGACCCUUGAGAAGAAAACUCUCUGAUAGUGGAUAUUGUUUACUGUUUUAGUCUCUUGAGCUGCAAACUGAAGCCAAUGUAAACACUCCACAUAAACCUACAGAUAACAAGAUUUGAAUGUGAUAAAAAUGUUUUCAUUUCAUUGUAUUUUCAUGGUUGUUUUUGUGUGUAAAAAAAUGUAUUGGAAAUUCUUCUGUUUGUACUGUGGUUCUGUUUAUCUCUGGCAGCAGUUAAAAUUAUUAUGUGAAAGAAAUGAUUCAAAAAAAAGUAUUUACAGAUCA